AUGCUGCGCCAAUCCGCCCUUUCACCGUCGUCCGGAUCGUCGGCGGCCUCUUCGCGUGGAUCGUGCACGUACACUGACAGCAGCACACCGCUGCGCUCCGGGGCGUCUACGCUGGAGCCGCUCGCAGCGGGGCUCGCGACAACGCAGCCCAGCGCGCUCGCCACGCCAGUCGUCAAUAUGCUUUCUGCAUCAGUCGUGCCGGAGCCGCAUGCCCUUCCCCUCUUGGCGUUAUGGAACGCUCGAUCACGGGAUGAGGAAAGUGUUGCACCAGAACCACCUGUCCGUGCAGACAACGCGCUCACAACGACCGCCACCACCGGCGCUGGCAGCGUGGGCGCGGACGGAGGGGGGGAGCCACCGUGCGUGCCGAUCGCCUCCCCCGCUGCCGCGGCCCCAGCUCCUGACGUGGCGAAUACGGAGGCUGGCAGCUCAUGGCGUUUGCGGACGGCAGACGAGGCCGCGAAGGAGCGAUCCGCGUCAUCCCUCGCAGACUGCGCUAGCGCACCGGAGUCAAGGCCCCCAGAGUGGCUGCCGGCGCAGCAGCGCUCUCAGCGGCGACGACAGCACUCACAGCAGCCGCUGCCUACAGCACUGCCGCUUCUUUCGAUACCCGUUCCCACUCCGCACGCAUAUCCGCAGUCGCACCAGUCUGCCCGGCUCAGCAGGCGCGCCACUGGCUCCUCUGAGCUGCCACUGUCAUCUCACGCUGCUGCUUCGCCGCCACAGCCCUCAUCACCGCUCAUGGUUUCCUCAGUGGGCAGCUUACCCACCGAUGGACGUCGGCCAACGCUGCAUCGGCGGCGCCCGUCGCAGGCGUCCGGUGACGACAUCACCGCAACUUCUAUGUCAACCGCGUCCUGUCGCGUGACGUCUGGAGCGGCUUCACAGUCGGAGGUGGUCCUUGCCACGUCGCCCUCGCUUAGCAGAGCGCGAGUGGCGUCAGCGUCUGCCGGCUCUCCUCACUGCUACACCGAGCUCGGCGGUGGUGGUGACCCGCGCCUCGACACGUGGCAGAUCGACGAGGAGGUGGCGCAGCUCGCCCGCUCGCUACGCUCCGAAAUCGCUGGUCAGCCCUUCGUGCUGACGCCGCCGUUUGGGGCCUCGCCGACUGCCCCCGCUGCAGCAGCCAGUCGCCAAUCCUCGUCCUACUCCGACUUUUCAACGGGCAGCAAGGGCGGCGGAGGCGGCAGCGGCCAGCGCCGCAUGAGGCGAAGCCCCAAUCAUGCCGCCCCCAUGGCUGCCGCCACCACUACCGGGUCCGGGGAGGCCCUGACGGCGAUGACUAGCACAGCGACAGGGGCGAUCGGGCGCGGACCUCUCUCCCUUUUGGACUCCUCCACUUCGUCCGCGACAACCUCGAUGCAUCUGUGCGGUGCUGCCCGGAGCCUCACCACGCCCCAACACCACCCGUCAAAGACGCGGCAGUUAUCGCUGUCCACCUCGCAGCGGAGCCCGCCGUCGGCACAGGGCUGCCGCGCGAGGCAGCAGUGCUUCCCAUCCGUGCAACCGCACCACGGAGUAGGUGGUGACCUCGUUGCUAGGGACGACGAUGGUGCUCAUAAAGACCGUGUUGACUCCGCCGCCGCCAUGCCGCACAGCUCAGAUCCUGGAAGGCAGACCCCGGCGAUGUGCCCCGAUGCUCGUCCUCUUGGGGUGCCACCAACGUCAUCGUCACACUCCUCCACUGUGAGUGACGCCGUAACUCUGCGUGCCGCGAGGGGUUCAUGGGUAGCAGCGGAGGCAGCGACGCAUACGGCUGAUGCUGAGCACAAUCAGCGUCAUUCUCGCGUUGCAGGUGACACAGCUGCGCCGGGCCCGUGCGAAGGUUUCGACGUUGGGCUCAGCGACGUAGCUGAGCUGCGGCGCCGUCUCCUCACGGAGGACUUCUUCUCGAGCCCCUGCCGAAAACUGCGUCGCGAUGGCCGGUUCCCGUGGCAGCUGACGACCAGCGUCCUACUCUGCAUCCUGCUGCUGGCGCACGUGACCUGGUAUCAGCUUCCGCUGGCCUGCGCAAACGAAGCGAUGCGGAUGGCGAUUACGAAGCACUUCAUGGGCGACGACGCUUACUUCAGCAAGGACCAGGGCGACAUUGUUUCGGCGCCGACGGAGUGGAUGGAGAACCUCUACGCGUCCAUCGAGCGCUACGUGCAGGUGUACUACAACUUGACGAACACGUCCUCCAGUGAAAUGAAAUACCGCUACAACAGCGCCAACCCGACGAGUCUGUGUGAGACAGGUAUCGAGCGCAUGAGUAGCGUAGUCGAUGACGGCGGAGGUACCAGCAUGGCGAGGGGGCAAUGGUGGUGGUGGCGGCGUGGUUCGGCGGACUGGAGGCCGCCGUUGCUGUGGGAUGCGCGGGCAGGGGCAUCACCCAGUCCGUUCAGUGACUCCGCCUCGGCUGCUAGGCGCUGCGCCCAGUCGGCCACAGCAGCCGCCGCUUCUGCGUUGGGAAACUUGGAGGAGUUGCCGCCACCGUACAUCCCCGUCUCGGUCAUCGCGCCCGUUCUAAUGCGGGUGGAGGUGGAUGUGUACUCCCGCCGGGAGGGGGCCCAGCACAAGCGAGUGAAGCGGCCUCCGCUGGAGACCGCCGCGCCGGUUCGCUGGCUGAACGGCGAGACUGCAGGCGAAAACCUUGGUAGCCAUGCCCGUGGCAGCGUCGAGGAGGCAGUGGCGGACGCCGAGAACCUCGAGCACCGGUGGCUGACGUUCUCUGUCGACGCUGACCACCCGCUUGGCCCAUUCGCCAGGCACAGGGAGGCGGUGCGACUACUCCGUCGGGCACGAAGGCAGGAACGGCACCGCGCCACCGAGCGCACAAAGGGCGGCACCGCCGGCCCACCCACUGAGCUCGAGGGCGCGUCCGCUAAUGAUGCGGGUGCACCCCCCGGCAGUGCCGCGGGCGGUUCUUUCACGGAGGUGGACGCUGCCCUAUCCGUGGUAUGCAUGCCCCGGUACGAUGAUCUAUCGGGCCGCUAUUACCGUCCCUGUGCGUUGACGCAGACGACCACGAUCAUCGGUGGCGAGGCGGCCGCUGCGGCUGGGAUGCCGACGCACAUCGUGCCAGAGUUUUCCCUCAUGGACAACGUGCGUCGCAUUCAGUUGGAGGUGGCGCUGAGGCACGAGACAUACGAGGUGGACAACCUUGUCAGCGCUGCUGCCGCAGCGGCCAGUGGGGGUGGCUCUGAUACGAAAAAGGGGGCCGGCGGUGCCAACGCGCUCAGCGCAGGCAAUCUCGAAAUCCGAAGCGCCUUCUCCUCGAUGGGAUGGCUGAAGUCGACCUUUGCUGCUCGGGCGUCGGCUGUCUUCGAGUGGCACGUCGUGAAGGACAUCACGGUGCACCCAGGGGGCCUCGUAGAGACGCAGCUGCAUGUGAACACGCGCGUGUGGCCGCUGGGGCUCUUACGCAACUUCUGGACGCCGCAUCUCAUGGCAAUGCUACUGGGCGCGCUGGCCCUGCUCAAGAUUGUGCUAGAGCUGCGCGCGCUGCAGCGCAUCGCUCAGUAUAAGCGUCGACUGGGUCGAGAGCGCGCGGCGUUCCUCUCACGACAGCUGCAGCAAGCUCCACCGCACGCGCCUGUCGGGGGCGGCUCCGAGCACGGCGCAUCAAAGGUACGGCCGCUCGCGGCCCAUACCGCCUCGCUGCAGCCUGCUAUUCUCAACAGGAAUACGACCGUGUACGAGUGGGGGAUGCCUGUUCGUCUGCCGUUCGGCCGUUCAAGUCGUCGAGCCCACAGCGGUCGAAUCGAGGGGUACGCGAGGGCGACUGACAGAGCGGCCGCACCUGCGUCGGCCAGCAUCUGCCCAUCAGAGGUGACGCCAUCGAAUUACGGGACCAUGGAGAGCCGCCAUGACGGCGACGAUCACGCUGGGAGACCAAGCAGCCACUCGGAGACGGUGCUGCAGCCGUCGGUGGUGUUAGACACCUCAUUCAGCAUCAUUGCUUCACAGGAUCAAGGCAGCUACUCGCGCAGUCGUUGUGCUCCACAAGAGGGUGCGGGAGACGCCUCUGUGCUCCCUAGCUGGCCUUGCGAGAGUGCAGCAUCGUUCUUUCCUCUGCGCGACGGUGCCGAGAGUCACCAGCACGGCGUCGACUCGAGCGUUGGCCCUGACACUUGGAUCCCUGGCGCCCUGCGGCGGUUCCUUCGGGGGCGUCCGGCUCAACUGCUCGACACACCGGCGUCGUUGCAGCGCGGCCCCUUUCCGAGCACGCCAGUCCCAUGCAAAUCGCGGCACUACCCGAGAUCCGACAAGGGUGGUGACAGAAGAGCCGGCGGCGCGCCCGUGUCGGCUGUCGCCUCCCACGCAUCGUUCCUAUCCCCUCUCCACGCACCCUUGACCCCGCAGCUGGCAGAGCGCAUCGCAGAGCGCAGCUACGUGGACGUGCGCGCCACGUGGCGACAUCACCUCCAACAGUCCAUGGGAGCCGGCUGGCACUGGGUCGCCAUCAUUGCAGCCGCCUUCACGCUGAGCUACAGUGUGCUGCUGCUGGCUCCGAUGCUGCCGUUCAUUGAGGUGGCGCAGACGAGCGCCUACGACGCGUGGACAAGUGUACUACUCGGCGUCGCCGCGCUCAUGUCGUGCGUGCUGCUGCUGAGCUACCUCCGCUUCUUCCCAACCUUCUACUUUCCUAUCAUGGCCUCCAUCCACGUGGUGCCGAAGCUGUUCCUGUUCGGCGUGUGCGUGUCGCCGCUUUUUCUGGGCUUCGCCUUUUUCUACGUGAUCGCCUUCGGGGCGCACUCAAACGGACACUUCAGCACCCUCCGCAGUGCCAGCAUGGGCUUGUACUUCACCACCUAUGGUGACUCGCUGCUUGCCACCCGGGACGUGGUCGCAGACACGCCGUAUGCCGUGACCGCCUUCUUCGCCAGCGUCCUCGUCGUAUCGUUCGUCCUCAUGUUCAUGAUGAUCAUGCUGAACAUGGCGAUGGCCAUCACGCAACACGAGUGGCUGCGGCUGAGGCGGCGCUUCGGCGCAGCACUGAGCACCUCCAGCCUGCUGUUUGCCGUGCGAAGCAGAGAGGAGGCGCGGAGGGGGGCCAUCGAGGCGGUCCGCUCCAACCUAGAGGUGCUGUGGCUCAUGCUGGGCGAAGACGAAGAGGAAGAGCGACAGAAAACGGCAGCCGCAGAGGCAGCAGCUGCCGCGCCCUCUACGCCCAGCACGCACAGCAUCAGCAGCGCUGACAGCAGCAGUGGCGCGGACGCAGCACGGUUGUCUCAGUCGGCCAUGUCGCCCGAUCCGUCGCGCACCACAACUAUACGUGAAUCAGACGAGGACGGCGCGGCGGGCGGGGAGGGUGCUGGCGGAGGGGAUGACCAGAAACGGCGGCUGCGGGAUCGUCGGCGGUACCGCGAGCAGCGACAUGCGCGUCAGGUGCGCGAGGCGGAUGAUGCUCACUCCGCGGGCAGGCCCUCUCAUGCCGGCAGUCGUGACCGUACCGAAACGUUCACCGUCGACUCCUCGUACGAGGUCUCCGCCGCCUCCACCGCAGCACUGGAUCAGCGGUGA